UUUCCGGUGUUCUGAGCUAAGUACACGGCCGUCAGUGUUGAUUAUUCUGUGGUGCUGUUUUUGACGCGAAGAAAAAUCGUUUCGAACGGUAGCUACGUGGCGUUGUACUGUAAUUUGUAUAGUUUUAAAUAUCGGCUUUUAUAUCGUUAUUUUCCCGUUUUAGCUUUGUUUUAAGCAGUCUUGGUGUGGGGAAAAUAAUUUCGUCGGCCGUCGUCGUGUGUAUGUUUGCGUUCGCGGUUCGGUUCGCUCCCCCCAGUUACCUAACAUUAAUUAUAAUUUUGCCCUCAUCCAGGCAUAUAUUAUAUCUGUUAAUAUAUUCGCUGGACUCUUAUUCCUGCGAGAUUUUAGCUGUGCUUAAACAUUCAUUGGAGCGAGGUGCUGCCUCGAAUCGAGGUACCACCACCAGCCAGGUGAGGUGGUUCGAGUUGUGGGAUGUGGCGGGUGUCUGUGCGUCCGGUGUCUCUGCGCCUCAUCUGAGCUCGAGCCCCGCGAGACACGAGAGACUCGAGCCGCUCGCGCCUGAAACAUCAUGACCCCCCAGAGGGAGCCGGGAGCGGUGAGCCUACGGCUGAUUCUGGUCAGUGGGAAGACUAAAGACUUCAUGUUUUCUCCUGAUGACUCGGCCAACGAUAUUGCAAAGCAUGUGUUUGACAACUGGCCAGUAGACUGGGAGGAGGAACGAGUGAGCAGCCCCAGCAUCCUGCGGCUCAUCUUCCAGGGCAGGUUUCUGCAUGGGAAUGUCACACUUAGAGCACUCAAGCUGCCUCCAGGGAGGACUACCGUCAUGCAUCUAGUUGCCAGGGAGACCCUACCAGAGCCCAAUUCCAAUGGGCAGAGGAACCGAGACAAGAGCACAGAGAGCAGCUGCUGCUUGCUGCUGUAAUCUUCCUCCUUCACCACGCACCUCUCCCUGUUUCCUCCUUGAAGUACCGGAACCCCCUAACAGCGUCCAUGUGUCACACCCAGUCUGACUUUGUCCGUGGUAGAGAUUUUUUGUUUUGUGUCACUAACUAGUACCUAGGACAAACAGUGGAGGCAGGAGGGCUAGACCUGAAGGUGCUGGACUGCUUUCAUGGUGGACAAUGCUUGGACCGGACUGCCUAAAAAUCAACUUUCUGGACAUUUUCUUGCCUUUCUGGAUCUCUUCCAGUUGUGUAAAAAAUGAUUCCUGUCUCCUAUAGUGGACCUUGAUCAUCUGUAUGAACCAAUAAUGAGUGUGAGAUUUAAGACCCAUCAAAUACACAAUGGACAGCGUGCAGCAGAUGCUACCGUGAGCAGGAUGGUUAAUGACUGGUCUGUGAGUCACGUCAAAGAUCUAAUGGGAAACCUGAGCAGUCUGUUUUCACCUCUCUUCAUAAUGUACUUGUUCCAGGACAGUGACUUGAAUUGGCCAAGGGACAGCUCUUACAGAAACUAGAGAAUGUCCACACCUUCCGUUCAGGUCAAGACCGUGCUCAGGUGUGUUCCAUCUGGCCCACCCAGUCCCAUGGGACUUCUCAUUGUUUCUCACUGCUGUGCCUGUGGUGGUGAAAGUGCCCCACCAUUGUCCAUGGGUCAGGGGCACCUUUCACUCUAUGUCCCCCCCAUGGGGCUGAAGGGAGGGCAGGUCCAGCAGACUGAUGGGAGCUCUCACACGACCCUUGUCUAUCCUCCAUUUUUGAGCCUCUCUUCUGUGUAUUUUGGUGCAGCUUUGCUUUACACUUGUGCCUGUUGCUGAGAAAUGGGCAAGUUGGCAUCUCACCCUGGUAGAAGCUAAUAUAGAUAUUCUGCCAGGUCAAGGAAGGUUGGAAGAAAGGAGCUGCUAUUUUACCUCCUGUAGUAUGGGUUCUGUUUCUCUGUUCGCUUUUAGUAGUUUUUAAUGAAAUGCUCAUGUUUUAUUUGUCUGGUUCCUUUUAUUGUAUGUAUAACUUCUAAUGCUAAAAGGAAAUACUUCAUCCUUGUUUGGAUAAACUGAUUUAGUGCCUGCCUGUUUAGGUCUGGGAGUUGAGCAGGUGGGAAUGGGAGGAUGUGCUAAUGUCUCACUGGUUUGUGAGAGAUGAACUUUUAAAGCCACCUGUUGGUGAGUUUGCAUCUGCGUUGUGAUGGCUAUUAAAUUGUGGUAGAAGUAUUACAUGGGCAAAAA